AUGGACGGAGAUGCCAUCAAGAUAUUGCUAGUUGGAGAUGAGAAAUGUGGAAAGACCCCUGAGAACUGGAAGCUUCUUGAGCCCGACCUGGUCAUCAUGUGCUACGACAUAAGCCAGCGGCUCAGUCUCAUCAACAUACAAAGACUAUGGUUCAAAGAGGUCAAAUUGUCCUUCCGCAGACCUGACCGCUUGCCUAUCCUCAUCCUAGGUCUGAAGCGGGACCUAAGAUCCGAAACCGAUCCCAACGGCAUCAUCUAUCCUCAAGAAGCCUACCAGAUGGCUCAGUCCUUGAGAGUAGACAGGUACAUGGAGUGCUCUGCCAUGACCGGGGAGCUCAUCAAGUUGGCGUUCGAAGACAUCUGCACCACGGCAGUCAAAACCCGCAGUGAGGCGGGCGGACAGAGUGAAGGCGGCUGUGUCAUCAUGUGA